CAUGCAUCUCGGUGGGCAUCAGAGGGUAACCUGCGCGGAGCUAUGGCAGUUCCAGAAAAAUGUGCUGUACUGGUGGUGGGUGGUGGCCCAGCCGGUUCAUAUACUGCAUCUGUGCUAGCUCGUGAAGGGAUCAACGUGACGGUCUUAGAGGCCGACAUAUUUCCCAGGUACGUGAAUGAAGCCUGUCACGAGAAAAACGAAAUUCUGACAAACAGGUACCAUAUCGGGGAGAGCAUGUUGCCCUCCCUUCGCAAUUUUCUACGAUUCAUUGACCUGGAGACCAAGUUUGAUGAGCAUGGGUUUAUCAGAAAGGUUAGUCGGCCCCUGAACAUAUCUUACACUGAUUUUCCUGCGGCCAAAGGCAUCAAUGCCAAUAAUUCAGCCUGGAAUGUAAUCCGAUCCGAGGCCGACGGCUUGAUAGUGACCUCCAUCUCUUUUGAGCCAGCAGCUGCCCCGGCCACAACGCCACCCGGGCCAGGAAGUCCUACACAAGCCUCGUGGUCUCAGAAGGGCGGCACGACAGGGACUAUUAUGUUCCAGUAUCUAGUUGAUGCUACUGGACGAGCGGGUCUUAUGAGUACCAAAUACCUCAAGAAUCGCGAGAUGAACCAAUCUCUGAAAGCAAUGCCUGAGAAGGGCCAAAGAGGCGAGAAUCAACCUUACUUCGAGGCACUCAGUGACGGUAGUGGUUGGGCGUGGGCGAUACCGUUGCACACUAAUUCCAUGUCAGUGGGUGUUGUGAUGGACCAAGACCUCAUGUUGAAGAUGAAGAAGGAGGGCCGCCUGUCAAGCCAGGAACUCUACCAGGCUAUCUUAAUGACUACGUCUAUUGCCAAUGGUCUGCUGAAGAAUGCGACUCUUGUGUCAGGCAUUCGUUCGGCGUCUGAUUGGUCUUAUAAUGCUUCCAGUUACGCAGGACUGAAUUGGCGCAUAAUAGGUGAUGCUGGCUGUUUCAUUGACCCUUUCUUCUCUUCUGGUAUUCACCUAGCUUUGACAGGAGGAUUGUCUGCAGCUGUGACCAUCUGCGCUGCGGAGCGGGGUCAUUGUACGCCACAAGAGGCAGCCGAAUGGCACGGAGCCAAGAUUGCGGACAGUUACAAUCGCUUUUUGCUAGUUGUCACUAGUGCUCUCAAGCAGAGUGGGGAUGGCGAGAAACCAGUUUUGACCAGGUGGGAUGAAGAUAAUUUUGACCGCGCCUUUGACAUUUUCCAACCUGUCAUUCAAGGUGCAGCCGAUUUGCCUAAACAAGUAUUGCCGAUGGCGGACUCUGCACGACUACUGGAUUUCUGCACGCACGCCAUGCUCAACGUUAAGGACUUCAACAACCGAGACAUCGCCGAGCUUGCCAAAGAAUUAGGAGUACCAGUUGCAACAGUGAAUGCCUACGUCCAAAUGGUCAUGAAGGUGCAGACUAGAAAUGAAACUUCGGACCUUGAAGACUUCGCAAGCGACGCGGUGAAAGGACUUUCUCCAAACAUGAUCCGCGGAAGCUUAGGGCUAGUGAAGGGGUGA